AUGCAGGUAUCGCUCCAUAACAAGGUUAAAACCUACAACCUCACUGCCGGCAAGUCUCUACCGGAAUGGAUUGCGGAGCGACGGAAAAACAAGCGACUCGCGGGGGGAGAGCACCGUGUCGAACUAAUUCAUGACCUUGAAUUUCCUCACUUUGCGCGAACAAUCUUUCGAACGGCAAAUGGCACGCACCUAUUCGCUGCUGGCGACUACCCGCCCCGAUUAAAGUGCUUUGACGUAAAUCAACUCAGCAUGAAAUAUAGUUUCAACGCCGACAUGCCUAUACUUGGUGGGGUGUCACUCUCUCCCGAUUUCCGUAAGUUUGCGCUGCGGGGAGAGGGGCGGCAGAUUACUAUUCACCACUCUGCGGCUAUCGUUGACCGUGUUCGUGUUCCACACACGAUGAGGUGCUUGGCAUUUAAUCCCCACACAGCUGAGUUGUUGUCGAGUGGUACAUCACAUGAAAUAUUUCGUCUCAGUUUAGAAACUGGUUCCUUCGUUGAGAGCUACAAAACUCAGUGCGCCGAUGGUGUGAAUCACGUGGAGGUAUUUAAAAACCACGGCCUCGUGCUUUGUGCCGGUGUGGACGGUGUUGUAGAGGCAUGGGAUAGCCGGGCAGCUUCAUGUGCAGCGCGGUUAACAGUUGCAGGUACCGGAGCCGUAUCAGGUGUUGAGGAACGUUGUGAGUUACGCCACAUUGCCGUAGAUGAUGAGCGUGGCCUCCUGUUUAGCUGUGGGACAGAAGCCGGUCAGGUGCUCUUGUAUGAUCUCCGACUGCAGAAGCCGCUAAUUGUAAAGGAUCACAUGAACUCAUUGCCUAUUGUCAAAACGUACUUCUUUCAAGGUAGCAGCACUGCAACAGGAGAGGCGACACACGUGCUCUCCGCUGAUACGCGUAUGGUAAAGGUGUGGAGCAAGAAGGAUGGAAGCAACUUCACUAGCAUUGAGGCACCGGCGGAUAUUACGGAUUUUUGUGUCCUUCGCAGCCAACACAACAUUGUGGAACCUUUUGAGUGCAGUGAUAGUGGGGUCAUUUGUAUCUGCUGUGAUGCACCUCGGGUCCAGGUACAUUUCAUACCGCAGCUUGGCGUGGCACCGCGGUGGGCCUCAUUUCUGGAGAUUUUAACUGAAGAACUUGAGGAGAAGGAGAUAACAACCGUCUAUGACGAUUACACUUUUGUGUCCAAGGAAGAAAUGGAGAACCUUGGCAUGACGGCAGAUGAUUUGGCAGGGGGAAAGGUUCGCCCCGUCAUGCAUGGUGCCUUUAUUGAAAAUGCUUUGUAUCGUGAGCUGAAGGCCGUUGUUGAUCCUGGAGCGUUCAGCCGCUAUGUGCAGGAGAACUCGAGGCGCAAAACUGAGAAACGCUGGGAGGAUCGUAUUAGUAAAUUUAAGCGCAAUGCCAAUGCUGCUGAAACGGGUGACAAUGAAUUAGUUGGCGAUGCUGACAGUGCCAACGGUGGUCCAAUGACUGAUGGGAAAACCACUUUGAAGAAUCAGGCGCUUGCUGCUGCUCAAGCUGAUCCACGAUUCCAAAAGGCGUUCAAUGGAAGUAGGGGAACUCCUUUUGCGUUAGAUCCGUCAAACCCAGAAUACGCGAAGCUCCUGCAACAGAUAAAAGAGCGGCGUGCAAAGGCAAGCGAACGGAAGCAGCGAUAUGAAUCGGAGUUAUUUUCUAUUGUUCCAGAGGAUGUUGGCGAGAACGAAAGCGGCAGCAGCGAUGGUGGUGGUAAUAAUGAUAGCGGUGAGGACAAUGAGGACGAUGUCAACGAAGCAAAGAAACACCUUAAGGGUGUACGGAGUAGUGGAAAGCAGCAACGACGCAGACGUCAACGUCCUGAAGGCGAAAAGGAGGGAGCGUCGCGGCGUGUGACGUUAUAUGAGGCAAAGAAAGAUAGCCGCACUAACUUUACCAGCACAGAUAAGGUAAUCCAUGCCGCACGCAAGCGACAGAGACUUGAAAGGCUACCGUUGGAGGAACGGCUUCGGAGAGUGUCGUCUAAAUGA